AUGGAUUCUUCUAACAAGUCGUUCUUUGCUAUCAAUUGUUGUGCGUUCUGCGAUGAGCAGUUUCCGCUGCACUGUGUAUCCGGCCCAAAUGCCUGGCAAUCUGUGAUUCGCGCCGUGCUGGAUCUGAACAUCAAUGGCGAGCGCAGCAUCGAGCUUACCAAAUCUACCUACACCGACUUCCCCAGAAGUUACUGCGAUGUCGACAUUGCUUUGGCCGAACGAACAGAAACAAUUACACUUACUCAAGAGGCGGAAGUCAACCAGACAUUGCAAACUGAUGGACAGGCCUUCUGCUUCCACAGCUGGUGCUAUUCCAUCCUAUCGUGGGAAUUUGAGGGCUGUUCUGCAUCAACCAUUUACAGACUUGCUCAAAGUCUAGUACCGGACCCUUCAAUAUGGCAGAAUAUUCAAGAAAAGCAUCACUUUCUCAAUUCAGCGAGCAGGCUGGCGUUGCUAGCUUGUCAUAAGGAGCAACCGCUCUUCAUGUCGAGGUUACCGCUAGAGCUUAGAACCUACAUCUGGCGUCACACUGGUUUGAGAACACCAUACAGUGCCUUUCUCCUCGUGAGAACCGAAAGAUCUCGCCUGGUCGGUCAGCUGAGUUCUCCUCCGAGGCACGGACUAAAACUACAGCAAACACGUUCGUGGGCUACUAUGGUUUCGAUCUUCGGUACGGAAUAUAUCCAAGACUUGACAGAAGACGGGAUAUGCGUGGAAAAUCGACGUUCUACGAAGAAUGCGACUCAGUUUAGGUACAUUACAAGCCUUGCAGGUCUUUGUGCAAUUCAGUCUUCAGGUGACGGUUGGGAAGGCAACUGGAUAAGAAAGAUUCCCAGCACGUCAAGAUUCACACGUCACCUUCACAUCGGUCUAAGCUCAGAGUAUGCCCCAGCCACAAAUCCCUUUCAUUAA